AUGGAUGGGUUGCGAACUGGAUUGCUCAGUGCCAAAAUGUCUCGCAACCUAGAGUUCCCCCAUUUUUGCCAAACUGCGAAAACAGAGAACAAAGAGCCGCUAUGCCAAACUGCGAAAACACAGAAGAAAGAGGCGCUAAAGGGUGCUUUUAUAUGGAGGGCACUUCGGUCAUUUCACGUCCCCAACUAUAUGGCUUCUUCUACCUCGCUACAUGAAUAUAGUUAUAGUAAUGAAUCAGCUGAUAUUAGAACAGCAGUACUGGAGGUUGAAACAGUAGGCCAUAAUGAUCCACUGCCUAGAACUACAACUGUAACUAGGUCAGGGCCGGGGGCUGCUCGAAACCGAAACCAGAACGAAAACUAUCCAAAGCAAAGAAUGAAAAAUGGUAGCAGAUCAAGAUCAAUCCUCCAAGGUGUAACUGGUUAUGCCAGGCCUGGGGAGCUCUUGGCUAUAAUGGGUCCUUCUGGCUGUGGCAAGUCUACUCUUCUUGAUGCUUUAGGAGGGAGAUUGAGUUCAAACACAAGGAAAACAGGGAAGAUCUUAAUCAAUGGGCAAAAACAAGCACUGGCAUAUGGAACUUCGGCAUAUGUGACACAAGAUGAUACUUUGAUCACAACUUUAACGGUCAGCGAAGCCGUAUACUACUCGGCUCAGUUGCAAUUGCCGGACUCCAUGUCCAAGGCAGAGAAGAAAGAGAGAGCAGAAAUCACAAUAAGAGAGAUGGGUUUGCAAGAUGCCAUGAACACGAGGAUUGGAGGGUGGGGAUCUAAAGGCCUCAGUGGUGGGCAAAAGAGGAGAGUCAGCAUUUGCAUUGAGCUUCUUACACGCCCAAAUCUUCUCUUCCUCGACGAACCAACUAGUGGCCUUGACAGUGCAGCUUCUUAUUAUGUCAUGAGCAGAAUUGCAAACCUGGAUAAAACUGAUGGAAUUCCAAGGACUGUAAUUACAUCCAUCCAUCAACCUAGCUCUGAAGUCUUCCAACUUUUCGACAAUCUUUGCCUUCUGUCGACCGGAAGAACUGUCUAUUUUGGCCCUGCUUCUGCAGCAAAUCAAUUUUUCUCCUUAUGUGGUUUCCCUUGCCCAACUCUCCAAAAUCCAUCAGAUCACUUCCUUAAGACUAUAAACAAAGAUUUUGAGCAGGACAUUGAACAAGGCAUGGUUGGACGCACACCCACAGAAGUAGCGAUUGAUACUCUAAUAAAGUCCUAUAAAGAAUCUGAAAGUUAUCAGCAAGUUCAAGGACAAGUAGCUGAACUAUGUAAGCAGGAUUUCGGUGAAGAAUUGGAGAAGAGAAGCCAUGCUGGCUUUCUUACACAAUCUUUCGUACUUACAAGAAGAUCCUUCAUGAACAUGUAUCGAGAUCGAGGCUACUACUGGUUGCGCCUGGCUAUCUACAUUACCAUUGCAUUAGGCUUGGGCACUGUCUAUCAAGAUCUUGGACAUAGUUAUGAAUCAAUUCAGGCAAGAAGCUCGCUGAUCAUGUUUGUAUCUUCAUUUCUAACUUUUAUGGCUAUCGGUGGAUUCCCCUCUUUUGUGGAAGAUAUGAAGGUAUUUGAACGAGAAAGAUUAAACGGGCACUAUGGUGCUUCUGCAUUCGUUUUUGCCAACACAUUUUCCUCUGUGCCUUUCUUGAUAUUGAUUUCAGUGAUUCCUGCCGCCAUAACUUAUUACGUCGCUGGACUUCACAAAGGAUUUGAACACUUCUUCUACUUUGCUUGUGUGUUAUUUGCUUGCAUGAUGCUGGUUGAGAGCCUGAUGAUGAUAGUUGCUAGCAUUGUGCCCAACUUCCUCAUGGGAAUAAUCGCCGGCGCUGGAAUUCAAGGGCUUAUGAUUAUGUGUGGCGGUUUCUUCCAACUACCAAACGAUAUUCCCAAGCCUCUGUGGAAGUUCCCAUUGUACUACAUUGCGUUCCACAAGUAUGCAUACCAAGGACUGUUUAAAAAUGAAUUCAUAGGCACAACAUUUCCUAGCAGUGAUCAAGGAGGAAAAACAUCCAGUCUCAGUGGGGAACGUAUUCUGAGAGAUAAAUGGCAAGUCGAAAUGGGUUACUCUAAGUGGGUUGAUCUUGCAAUCUUGGUAGGGAUGAUUCUUCUGUAUCGAGUUUUGUUCUUGGUUAUUAUCAAGGCCACAGAGAAAGUGAAGACUAUCGGUACAACUCUUUUGGCAAUGCCUCUCAAUAAGCGAAGCAUGCAAAUAUUGGUCAAUCCGUCCUCUACGCCUGUGCAUGGAGGGAAUCUGUAG